UACAUCCUAUGAACAUCUUCAAUAAGAUGUUGUAAGUUAUAUAAAGGGUGUAUUCAAAUGGAUUCAAUGUGUCAAGGUAGACAUGGGUAGAUUACUUUGUAGUUACUAGGCCUGUCUUAUGGCGGAAAUGUAGCUCCAUUUGGAUAUAACUGAAGGCUUUAGAAGUUGGUCGAAAAUGGAUGACAACAUGAUAUAGAGCGUCCCUUUAGGUCUCAAAAGUGGCAAAGUCUCCUGAAAAUUCCAAAUUUAGGCUCCUAAUAUUGAACGCCUGCACUUAUGCGAGGAAAAUUCCAUUAAUCCCGAUAAUAGUUGGGUCGUUAAAUGUACAACCAUCAUUGUGUAUUCGUAUCAGUUCAUAUCUUCAACAGUUCCAACGAUUAUCAUCCCACCAUAUAUUUUAUGCUGUGUAAUCUAUAACUGUACAUUAUAAUACUUAUUACAUUUCCAUAAUGAAUUGUAACCUCGAGGGUUCGUCAGGCGGCAGCGGCCUGGUGAACAUGUUGGUGGCUGGAUUCAUGUUUGUUAACCGUGUGACAUUGAAUCAGGUUGACGUUACUGAGUACAUAUCUCAUCGUAGUGGCUUGCGCGUGUUUUUGGCUGAUUACGAAUCUCCAGUUGUGAACUCUUAUUACGUGGUUCCUACUCGUGCGGAUACCGAUGAAGGAUUACCGCAUACAUUGGAGCAUUUGAUAUUCUUGGGAAGUCAGAAUUAUCCUGAGCGUGGUACAUUAGACAUGUUGGCUUCUCGUGCUCUUGCUACUGGGACCAACGCAUGGACCGAUGUCGAUCACACUGUCUAUACUGUUUCCACUGCUGGUAUCGAAGGUAAUUUGAAGUUGUUACCUGUAUAUUUGGAUCACAUAUUGAUGCCUACUUUAACAAAUGACGGAUUUAUAACAGAUGUUCAUCGUAUUACUCCUAAUGGAUCUAACUCUGGAACUGUAUAUUCCGAGAUGAAAUCUCACGAAAACAGUGCUGAUGAGUUGACGAACAUUGCAUUAAUGAAGAUGUUGUAUCCUGGUGAUAGUGAUUACACUAAAUCCUAUGGUGGUCGUUUAGAGGCUUUGAGGUCUACUAACAUUACCCGUAUUCGUGAGUACCACAAACGUUUUUACCGAUUGGAGAACUUAUCUAUUGUUAUUGGUGGUAGACUCGGUGACCACAAGAGUAUUUUAGAUACCAUAUCUAAGGCUGAGACGGAUGUGUUUGCUGCUGGUGUUGAACCCAUUGUUCUCGAUCCUAAAAUUUACUAUGGCAUUUCUCAUUGGGAUGACCCAAGUCAUUAUACCCCAAUGACCGAGAGUGCUGAGGCAACCGUAAGAUUUCCUAAUGAUGAUGAAGAACUUGGUCAUUACACAAUAGCGUGGCGUGGUCCAUCCUGGAAUCAGUUUGACGACGUUCGUGCUGUUUCCAUCCUGGGUUUAUAUCUUACAUCCACACCUGUGUCACCCUUGGAGAAGGGUUUAAUCCACUGUGAAAACCCGUUGGGUAGUAGUGUCAGUUUUACAUUGGACGAGUAUCGCGAAACUAGCUUUAGCAUCCGUGUUUCUGAUGUUCCUAACGACAGCGAUUCUAUGUCUACGGUGGACAAACGCGUUCGUGAUAUACUUUUGGAAACAUACAAACAACCUCUUGACAUGCGUCGGUUGCACGCUUUGAUCACUCAUGAGUAUUUAUCAUUCCAGCGUUCAAUUGAGACAUCUCCCAGUAACACUUUGAUAGACGGAAUAAUAUCAUAUAUACUCCACGGCACUUCUCGUGAAGAUCUUGAUCAACAAUUGGAGGGUCAUGACCAAUUACUCGGUUUAAUGGAGCAAGGUGAGGUAUACUGGAAGAGCAUUAUUUGGCGUUACUUUAUUCAAACAAGUUCUGCCGUUGUGAGAACACUUCCCAGCAUUUCUGAGGCUGAACGUAUAAAGAAGGCUGAACAGGACCUGAUUGACUACCAGUUGACCCAUAGUGAUUUAGCAUUUUUAGAGGAGCAGGAGGCUCGUGUGGAUGAAAUGCUUAAGUCCAAGGAAAGUCCAGUUCCGGAGGCUGUUUUGAACAAAUUUGGCAUGGUUGACAUGUCAAACAUCCAACCCAUUGCAUGGCCAUACAUGCGUAACUUCAGUUCUAUUGGCCCGGGAUACGAUGGUGGCAAGGUGGUAACAGGAACUGUCCAAUUCUUCAAUGAAUCUGGCGGCAAGGGCUAUUCUCCUGAAUGGGAUCCCAUAGCUAAUGGUUUGGACAAGCUUGAUUUGUUAAUGCAGGUGAACCAUAUCGCAUCUGAGUUUGUUCGUAUCAGUGUUAUGGUACCCACGAGCACUGUGUCGUUAACUCACUUAGAGAAGCAAUCUUUGACCUUGCUUUGUGCGUUAUUGUUUGAGUCCGACAUUGCUGAAGCUGAUGGUGUCAUUCCAGCUGAUAGGUUUAUCAAGAUGCUAGAGGAGCAUACUUCUUCCUACUUGGCCAUGCUUGGAUUCAACUCAUCAUUUGGGAAGCCUGAUGCUUUCAGUGAAUUGAUUAACAUUUCAAUAACAGGUUCACAGAAGGUCUACGACAAGUUACUGUCCAUUUUGAAGAACGUGCUUCGCGGAGUUCGCUUUAAUAAUACCAUAAUUCAAUCCCGGGUUAAAUCAUUACUCAAGUCGUUUAAAAAGAAAACCCGUUCCGCCAAAUCCAUUGUAUCACAGGCCACUAUGGCUAUGAGGUUGCCAUUGGAAAGUACUGCCAUGUCCAAUAGCAUCGGUCAACAACUUGUAUUUUUGCAAUACGCAUUGGAAAAUGAUAUGACCGAAUUCUUCCAGGAUCUAUACCAAAAGAUAUUUACUCAGUCCAACAUGGUAGUUCACAUAACUGCUGAUUUAUCUAGAUUACCUCCAGGUUGGACUCGACCUUGGGAAUUCUUGCAGGGUACUGUAGACAAGACAGUGCCACUAAACAAGCUGAUUCCUUUGAACGUUGACCACGACAAUGCCUAUAAUGGAUCACAUGGUAUAUUCACCACAAUGUCCAGUACCGAUGUAUCAUAUUUGAAUUUUGCCAUCUCAGCUCCCAAGGGUUACAACCAUAAAGAUUAUGCUUCAUUAAUGGUUCUUUCGGAAUACCUUGGUAUGAUGGAGGGACCACUAUUCCGCGCUAUUCGCGGCGGUGGUUUUGCUUACAACUAUGGUGUUACUUAUGCACCAGCAUUCGGGGAAUUACGUUUGGUAUUGCAGCAGGCGGUAGACCUUCUUGGUGCAUUGAGAGCUACUAACGAUGUCAUUGAAAAGAUGUCAAAGGGUAUGAUUCUUACGGAGUCAGAUGUUCUAUCAGCUGCUUGUUCCACUGUAUACAGUGUCAUAGCCGAGGAAAGUACAUUGGCUGAUUUCAGUGCCGUUACAUUCCAGGAUGCGUUCCGUGGUGUUGGUGCCGACUUCACAAAGGUGCUGCUCCAACGUAUUCGACAAGUCAAAGCCAAGGAUUUACAUUACCUAGCAGAUAGGUAUUUGGAUCACUUUAGUGGCUAUUCAAAUAUUGACAGGAAGAUGGCUGUAGUAUCAACUGCUAAUCAAGCUGAUGAAUACUCAUUAGGUCUUGCUGAGAUGGGUUACUCUGGUUUUGAUAAUGUCAAUGUCAAACAAGUACUAGGCUUUUGCGUAACCAAUACGUUUGCGGAGCUUUCUUGUAACGCUACGGGCGAUAAAAGUUGCAGUAGCGACGACGACUCGAGUUCAGCUGCGGACGUUAGUGACUAUGAGACCCAUGAAGUUGAUUUAAGCGAUGGCAACAGCAGUGACCGGGAGGUAUUUGUAUAAAAUAAUACAAAACAAUUCUUAU